CCCCCACCCCUUCCCCCCUUCUGGAGAUGGAGUCGGAGCAAUGCGUGGGUGACACACCGAAGUGAAUAAGCCACAGCAACAAGGGCUGGGGGUGAGAAAUAUGCAAGAGAACGCAAGAGAGAGAAGAGAGAGACAGACCCAAAACCACCAGGACAAGAUGUCUUACGGAUCCAUCGAUGGAGGCUCCUUUGGAGGCAGCCGAAACCCCUUCYGAGGCCCCAAGAGGCAGGGCUACCAACCAGUAGCAACACAGGUCAGCUCCUCAGAGCUGCAAGACGUGUUUCAAGAGACCUCCUCCAACAUUUUUCAGAUCAACGCAAAUGUUGUAACAUUAGAGAAGAGUCUUCAAUCAUUGGGAACGUCCAGAGACACUGCUGAACUGCGACAGAGCCUACAUUCUACACAGCAGCAAACCAACAAAGUCAUCACCAGCACCAGUCAACUCAUCAAACAACUCUCUGACAUCAUCACUGGCUCUACACGGCAAGAUCGUCUUCGCCUGACUAGACUUAAGACAGAACUCUCAGAGUCGGUUCAACGCUAUGGAGAUCUGCAAAAGAAAAUUGCAGACCGUUCGAGGGCCUUGCUACCCCCGGCACAGACAGAAAUGAAGCAGAGUCCCCAGACUCCGUUUGCAGAGCUGUGUGAGGAGGAGGGUCCCCUGUUUGGCGGUGCAGCAGGGAGCUCCGAGGGGGAUGGACAGGAGAAAGCGUUCCUCUCAGAGAUCAGUGAGGAAGACGUGGAGGCCCUUCGCCAGAGAGAAGAYGCCCUGCUGCAGAUUGAGAGGGACAUGUUGGAUGUCAGCCAAAUCAUGCGAGAUCUGGCCAGUAUGGUGCACGAGCAGGGAGAUGCCAUAGAUAGCAUUGAGGACCACAUUCAGACCACCACAUCCAACGUGGAGUCAGCCAAUCAGGAGCUAGCAAAGGCCAGCCAUCACCAGGUGCAGUAG